AAUACAUCAAAUUGCAUCAAUUAUCAAAGUUUUUAUUUUAACAUUUUAUAAAUUAAAUCUUUUAUAGUUUUCAUUCAGUAUUAGCAGCGCCGCCAUGGUUGUAGCCCUAGGUCCCGGAAAAUUCUACGGCAGUAGCCUACCUAGACCACGGUUUUACUCCAACCCGAAUGGCGAACAACGGGUCGAUCCACCGGUAUCCGUUUUGGAUCCAUUAAUGUCAUGGGCAGAAGAAGCUCACUGGUCAAUGGGCGGUCUCAGCUUUAAACGCCUCCGUCUUCAAGGCCGGAUCGAAGGUAACAUUAAAAAACUCAAAGCUGAGCGUACAAAGUUUGAGAAAAUAGCCCAAAAGAAAUCGCCCGUAAACGUUUGUUUAUCAUCACCUAGAUCAGUUAGUCCAUCUCCUCCCCCUGCUCCGUUGAAUCUGAAACGGAAAAUGAGAUUGAUCGAUGAAUCUGAGGAUGAAAAUGAAGAGGAAAUUGUGAGGAGAGUGGAAAAAAAGGGCCCAGCUAGGAAAUUGGAUGCUGAUUUUGAUAGGGUUGCUGCGACGAAUGGUGGGGUUGUUAAGGGGAGAAAGAGGAGUGAGAGAAAUAGAGAGGCUGUGGUUGAGGUAGUAAAUAAGGGAAAGGUUAAGGGUAAGAGAUUGAAGAAGGGUUUGAAGAGUGUUGAGAAGAAGAGUGGGUUAGUGACACCAGCAAGUAUGACGAGAACUUCGCCUAGAUUGUCGAAGCGUGGAUCGCCUUGAAGGUGUUUGAUUAUUUGUCGCAGUGAGUGAAAUAUUCCGAGUACAGGAUUAGCAUUUUCCCUUUUGUUAUGUAAGUUGGAUUAAUGUUUAAGGAUCUUGCUAAAGUGAAGGAAAGUAUUAUUAUUACAAGAAACAAUCCAGUUUUCUUUUUUGCUUUUAUGUUUGGCUGUCUUUGUUGCCUGGUCUUUUGUGUCUAAAAUUAUGAAUUGUGUUUAUUGGUACUGCAAUCUGGUCUAUGCAGAAUGUGAUGUUUUCCUCAACUGAUAUGUUAUUGUUUGCACAUAGUAAAGAUCAUUUCUUGA